GGAGGAGGAGGAGGGCGAGUGCGGCCGCGGCUGUCGGACGCGGAGCGGAGCCGGCUGGUUUUGACUGUACUAACACCAUUGCUGGUUUGCUACUCUUAGAGUGUUACCUUCUCCCAGUACCUGUACUUGGCCAUCAGACAGUAUGAGGAGGCUGGCUUUUCGAGGUGCUGGUUGUACUCUGAAGAAGUUGGAUUCCAUGGGUUCCAAGAGGCGAAGAGCUACCUCGCCUUCCAGCAGCGUCAGCGGAGGAGACUUUGAUGACAGCCACCACUCCACGAAUAUACCAGGCCCAAGCAGAAAGAGGAGGAGACUUUCCAACCUCCCAACUGUAGAUCCUAUUGCUGUAUGCCAUGAGCUGUACAACACCAUCAGAGAUUACAAAGAUGAGCAGGGCAGGCUCCUUUGUGAGCUUUUCAUUAGGGCACCGAAGCGAAGAAAUCAGCCAGACUAUUAUGAAGUGGUUUCUCAGCCAAUUGAUUUAAUGAAAAUCCAACAAAAGCUGAAGAUGGAGGAAUAUGACGAUGUGAAUGUGCUGACUGCUGAUUUUCAGCUUCUCUUUAACAAUGCAAAGGCUUACUAUAAGCCUGAUUCUCCUGAAUAUAAAGCUGCCUGCAAAUUAUGGGAGUUGUAUCUGCGCACAAAAAACGAGUUUGUUCAAAAAGGUGAUGCUGAGGAGGAAGAUGAAGAUGAGGAUGGACAUGACAAUCAAGGCACAAAUUCUGAAUUAUCAUCUCCAGGUUACCUGAAGGAAAUCCUUGAACAGCUUCUUGAAGCUGUAGCUGUUGCCACGAAUCCAUCAGGACGCCUCAUAAGUGAACUGUUUCAGAAACUUCCUUCCAAAGUGCAAUAUCCAGAUUAUUAUGCAAUAAUAAAGGAGCCCAUAGAUCUUAAAACUAUUGCCCAAAGGAUACAGAAUGGAACUUAUAAAAGCAUUCACGCAAUGGCCAAGGAUAUAGAUCUUCUGGCAAAGAAUGCCAAAACCUACAAUGAGCCUGGAUCACAAGUAUUCAAGGAUGCAAAUGCGAUUAAAAAAAUAUUUAACAUGAAAAGGGCUGAAAUUGAACACAGUGAGCUGGCCAAGUCAAGUCUCCGAAUCAGGACUCCAUCAAAUUUGACUGCUUCCAAGCUCACAGGUCCUUCCUCACAGGGUAAAGGCAGUGUUGGUGAUGAGAGAAAUUCUUCUAACAAAUAUUACCGUAACAAAAGAUCAGCCCAAGGAGAUCGUUUAUCAGCAAUAACCAUGGCACUGCAGUAUGGAUCAGAAAGUGAUGAGGAUGCAGCUUUGGCUGCUGCUGCUCGUUAUGAAGAGGGAGAAUCUGAAGCUGAGAGCAUUACUUCCUUCAUGGACACUUCUAAUCCUCUUUAUCAGCUUUAUGACACAGUCAGAAGUUGCCGAAAUAAUCAGGGCCAGCUCAUAUCUGAACCCUUUUUCCACUUGCCCUCCAAGAAAAAAUAUCCUGAUUAUUAUCAGCAAAUUAAAACACCUAUUUCAUUGCAGCAGAUCAGAACUAAACUGAAGAACCAUGAGUAUGAAACUUUGGAUCAGUUGGAGGCUGAUCUUAAUUUGAUGUUUGAAAACGCCAAGCGCUACAACGUUCCCAAUUCUGCCAUCUAUAAAAGAGUACUGAAAAUGCAGCAGGUUAUGCAGGCAAAGAAGAAGGAGCUUGCGAGGAGAGACGACAUUGAGGAUGGGGACAGUAUGAUUUCCUCUGCUACAUCUGAUACUGGAAGCUCCAAAAGGAAAAGCAAAAAGAAUAUACGAAAGCAACGGAUGAAGAUCUUAUACAAUGCAGUACUGGAAGCUCGAGAACCAGGCACAGGCAGAAGGCUCUGUGAUCUCUUUAUGGUUAAGCCAUCCAAAAAGGACUAUCCAGACUAUUAUAAAAUUAUCUUGGAGCCAAUGGACUUGAAAAUGAUUGAACACAACAUCCGCAAUGAUAAGUACACAGGGGAAGAAGGAAUGAUUGAGGACAUGAAGCUCAUGUUCCGAAAUGCAAGGCAUUACAAUGAGGAAGGUUCCCAGGUAUACAAUGAUGCCCAUAUGCUGGAAAAGAUCCUUAAAGAAAAAAGGAAAGAACUGGGACCCCUAGCUGAAGAUGAUGAUGUUGCAUCCCCUAAACUAAAGCUAAGUAGAAAAAGUGGCAUUUCUCCUAAAAAAUCAAAAUAUAUGACUCCAAUGCAGCAGAAGCUGAAUGAGGUGUAUGAAGCUGUUAAGAACUACACGGAUAAGCGGGGCAGGAGGCUGAGCGCCAUCUUCCUGAGGCUGCCAUCUCGGUCUGAGCUUCCUGACUACUAUGUAACCAUUAAAAAGCCCGUGGACAUGGAAAAGAUCAGAAGUCAUAUGAUGGCAAAUAAAUACCAGGAUAUUGAUUCCAUGGUAGAGGACUUUGUGAUGAUGUUCAAUAAUGCUUGUACAUACAACGAGCCAGAAUCCUUGAUUUAUAAAGAUGCUCUGGUCCUGCACAAAGUUUUGCUUGAAACUCGGAGAGAAAUAGAAGGAGAUGAGGAUUCCCAUGUGCCCAAUGUCACCUUGCUAAUUCAGGAACUUAUUCAUAACCUUUUUGUAUCUGUUAUGAGCCACCAGGAUGAUGAGGGCAGAUGCUACAGCGACUCCUUAGCAGAGAUUCCUGCUGUUGAUCCCAGCUUCCCAAAUAAGCCUCCACUGACUUUUGAUAUUAUCCGGAAAAAUGUUGAAAAUAAUCGCUACAGAAGAUUGGACUUGUUCCAGGAAAAUAUGUUUGAGGUGCUGGAGAGGGCAAGGAGAAUGAACAGGACUGAUUCAGAGAUUUAUGAGGAUGCAGUUGAACUUCAGCAGUUCUUUAUUAAAAUUCGAGAUGAACUUUGUAAGAAUGGAGAGAUCCUUUUGUCACCUGCUCUCAGCUAUACCACCAAGCAUCUUCACAACGAUGUAGAAAAGGAAAAGAAGGAAAAGCUGCCCAAAGAAAUAGAGGAGGAUAAGCUCAAAAGAGAGGAGGAAAAGAGAGAAGCUGAAAAGAGUGAAGACUCUUCUGGAUCAGCUGGGCUGUCAAGCUUGCAUCGGACCUACAGCCAGGACUGCAGCUUCAAGAACAGCAUGUACCAUGUAGGAGACUACGUGUACGUGGAGCCUGCUGAAGCCAACUUGCAGCCUCACAUAGUCUGUAUUGAGAGGCUGUGGGAAGACUCAGCUGGAGAGAAAUGGCUCUACGGCUGUUGGUUUUAUCGACCGAAUGAAACCUUUCAUCUUGCAACACGAAAAUUCUUGGAGAAAGAAGUUUUCAAAAGUGACUAUUACAAUAAGGUUCCUGUUAGCAAAAUUUUAGGCAAAUGUGUGGUCAUGUUUGUCAAGGAGUAUUUUAAGUUGUGUCCUGAAAACUUCAGAGAUGAGGAUGUCUAUGUCUGCGAGUCACGUUAUUCUGCAAAGACAAAAUCUUUUAAAAAGAUUAAAUUGUGGACUAUGCCAGUAAGCUCUGUAAGAUUUGUCCCACGAGAUGUGCCCCUGCCUGUGGUCCGUGUUGCUUCUGUCUUUGCUAACACAGACAAAAUAGAUGAGGAGAAACAUGGUGAAACAUUGGAGGACAGUAAGGUGGGAGAAAGUAUCCAUCUUGAAAAGGACAAAGAAGAUGUUCCAGUAGAAAUGUCCAAUGGAGAACCUGGUUGCCAUUACUUUGAACAGCUCUGCUACAAUGACAUGUGGCUUAAGGUUGGGGACUGUGUCUUCAUUAAAUCACAUGGGUUAGUGCGACCUCGGGUGGGAAGAAUUGAAAAGAUGUGGGUGCGAGAUGGAGCUGCCUAUUUCUUUGGUCCAAUCUUUAUACAUCCUGAAGAAACUGAACAUGAACCAACUAAAAUGUUCUACAAGAAGGAAGUGUUUUUGAGUAACUUGGAAGAGACCUGCCCAAUGACUUGCAUUUUGGGGAAGUGUGCUGUGCUGUCCUUCAAAGAUUUCCUCUCCUGCCGACCAACAGAGAUCUCUGAAAACGACGUUUUCCUUUGUGAGAGCCGCUACAAUGAAAGUGACAAACAAAUGAAGAAAUUCAAAGGGCUGAAGAGGUUUUCUCUCUCUGCAAAAGUUGUAGAUGAUGAAAUAUACUAUUUUAGAAAACCCAUAGUUCCUCAGAAGGAGCCAUCUCCACUACUGGAAAAAAAGAUUCAGCAACUAGAAGCAAAAUUUGCUGAGUUGGAAGGAGGCGAUGAAGACAUGGAAGAGAUGGGAGAAGAGGAAGGUGAUAUGAAUGAAACACCUUCUAUGCCUCAGCUUCAGACCCCACUAGCCAGUGAUUUGGAUAUAAUGCCUUAUACUCCACCACAGUCCACUCCCAAGUCUGUUAAGGGCAGCACCAAGAAGGAGGGAUCAAAAAGGAAGAUCAACAUGAGUGGGUACAUCUUAUUUAGCAGCGAGAUGAGAGCUGUGAUUAAAGCUCAGCACCCAGACUACUCCUUUGGAGAGCUCAGCAGGCUUGUAGGAACUGAAUGGAGAAACUUGGAAGCAACAAAGAAAGCAGAAUACGAAGAGCGGGCAGCUAAAGUUGCUGAGCAGCAGGAGAGAGAGCGAGCAGCACAGCAGCAGAAUUCCUCCCCCCGGGCAGGCACUCCUGUCGGGGCUCUUAUGGGGGUGGUGCCGCCACCAACACCAAUGGGAAUGCUCAAUCAGCAGUUGACACCCGUUGCAGGCAUGAUAAGUGGCUAUCCACCGGUGCUGCCACCUUUGCAGGGCCCAGUUGAUGGCAUUGUUAGCAUGGGCAGCAUGCAGCCACUUCACCCAGGGGUGCCCCCACCCCACCAACUUCCGCCAGGUAUGCCAGGCAUCCCAGGCAUCCCACCACCCGGUGUUAUAGGCCAAAAUGUGUCCCCCAUGGUAGGCACUCCAGCACCCGGAGCAAGUCCUUUUGGACAACAGAUAGGAAUCCUUGGCCCACCAGGACAGCAGGCACCCCCUCCAUAUCCUGGCCAGAGCCCAGCAAGUCAGCCAGUUAUGCAGCAGCCCACAACUCCCAUGUUUGUCUCCCCUCCACCAAAGACACAGAGGCUUCUUCAUUCUGAAGCAUAUCUGAAAUAUAUCGAGGGGCUCAGUGCUGAAUCAAAUAGUAUUAGCAAGUGGGACCAGACCCUUGCAGCACGGAGACGAGAUGUCCACUUAUCAAAGGAGCAAGAGAGCCGACUCCCCUCACACUGGCUGAAGAGCAAAGGGGCUCACACCACGAUGGCUGAUGCACUGUGGCGCCUGCGAGACUUGAUGCUACGAGACACCCUCAACAUCCGCCAGGCAUACAACAUAGAGAAUGUUUAGUCACAUAUUGCUUCUUUCUUUGAUACUGGCAUAUGGGGAGUUUUGUGGAACAAUAGCUGUUUUAGUUACUGGGUGGGGAGAGAUAACCAACAAUAAUUUGUAUUGCAUUUUACUGUACAUUGCAAGACCAUUUUUAUAUAAGGACACUUUUAAUAAGCAUAUUUCACUUUUUGUUAUAUUAAGUUGACUUUAUCAAAUACACGGAUUUUUGCAUAUGUUUCCUUUGUUUGAAAGGCAAUUUCAUAAUUGGUUAAGUGUAGUCAAGGAUUCAUCUUUCUUAUACUUUAUUGCUGAGAACCUGAUGCCAUUGUUUUUAUAUAAAAUAAGAAAAAAGAAAACAAAGUAUUUACAGAUUGGUACAAUGGAAUGUGAAAUUAGUCAUAGUUUACACCUUAGAAGAAUGUGUGUACACGUGCUUGUUUGUGUUAGCCACUUCCAGCAGAAAUUUCACCUGGAUGUGAACAGAGAGGAUGUAAAAGGUAAGAUGUGCAUUGAUGUUAGGGAAAAAUGACAUUUCAAGUCAUUACUGAGGCAGCUGAGUGGGCCACAGCGAUGGUGGAAGUGUGAGUGUGGACAGGACAAGGUUGUCUUGACCACUGAUGUUGUCCAGUCCUGUCCAGUUAUUCAAUUGUGCAGCCAAGGCCAUUGUGAUCCUAAAUCAGUAACAGAAUACACGUGCUGGAUGCCCACAGAAGAUGAAAUGUUUCACCUACCUUGACGUGCUUUGGGUGUUCUGUGAUGUCCCUAACACCAAGCAGUGGGAAGGGGAAGCAGCUUCCUCCCUAGCAAUUCUGCCUGCCUGUGGGAAGGGUGUGCAGAACCUCAAACCACCUCAGGUCUCCAAGGUAAGUUAGAGGAGAAGGAAAGCUGAGGGUUUUUAGUUAGUGAAGUAAUGUGAUGUUUUUCAGUUCACACAAUCACUGGGCAUUGUAUGACAUUUUUGUACACUUUCUUUAAGUGUAUUGAUUCAUCUUAAUGAAAGUUUUGCAAUGCAAAAUUUGAGAAAUUUGACACUUAAAUUUGAGGUAAAAUAGUAAAAUACUACUGUAUGGUAUCUGUAAGUUCAGCAUACCUCGAGUACUUGUGUUGCAGUCUUCAGAGGAUUUGUUUUUUCUUUUUUUUUUGUUUUUUCUUUUUCUCUUUUGUUGUUUGGUUUUUUUAAGUUUUUUUAGCUAAGUCAAGUAGGUAUAGACUCUUCUUGCCAAAUUUCAAGACUGUGACUGUCUUCUGCUAAAGACUUACCUGUUCUCAUAACUAACCAACCUUUUGGACGGCAAAGAUAUUUGUUUAAAGGUAAAUCCUUUCAUGUACUUAAUUUAAGAAAAAGAAUUGAUGCUUUUGGAUUGCAUUAAGUAACUGGGAAAAAAACAAUGUUAAUUUGAAAAAAAAUAUUGGUAGGAACAUGGUCACUGCAACUCAGUCCAAAAGAACUGAUUUGCUGAUACACUUUUACUGCUGGAGAUGUUCAUCAUAUGCAAGUAGUUUUUAAAAUCUAACAGUACAGAACAUUUUUAUUCAAGUACAUUUGGCAGAAGGUUAAAUGAUUCUCUUCAAAUUCUGGAUACCUUGGAUUCUGUUUUGCUGGUGUAAUUAGUACUGGUGAGAGAAUGAUACGUGCAAGUAUGAAUUGUUAUUGAAUUUUACCAGCUAAUUCCUUUCCCUCUCCUUUUGCAAUCCUUCAGUCAUUGCACAAAAAAAUCAUGUAAUUACAAAUAGGCACUUAAGGACAGUUUAGGUGCAAUGGAUGUGAAGAAAAUAGAGCUAAGCAAAAUAUAGGGAAAUUACAACUUUGAGCUCUAGAAGAAGCACACCUGUGGUACAGAAAUUCUUUACUGGCCUUGGUAAAUGACCAAAAUUAUUUAAUAAGGGAGAAAGUGAAUAGUCUUAGACCACGCCCAUAUAUACAUUAUCAUCUUAAAAUGCAUUUAAAUUACCAUAGGCUUUGCAAUUUUUAGCCACAAAGAUGAGAUGUUGAAGUGAAUCAGGCAGCAAAGUUUUUGAGUAUUUGGAGCUAUCACUGAUUGUACUAAUGCACCACCAGAUUCUCCUGCUUCUCAUCAUUUACAAAAAGUACACCAAAGAAACCUGGGAUGAAUUUUAGUUAAGUUAUUUUAUUUAUUUUCUUUUGAGGACUGGAUGGGACUCCCUUUGGAGCCUGUAUAACUCAGAAGUUUAAUUUAUCUGAAGGUCAGUGAUGAGCAGACUUGCAGCACUGGCUCUCUCCUGCCCGAGCAGCUGAAGCCCAACUUUCACUGCUCUUCCCUGGCCCAGGAGCAAGAUAUUGGAAGCACAGAUGAAACCUGGGUCCUCCCACAAGGCAGUGCAGAGCACUUCCACCGAGCCACUGGGCUGGCCCUACCCAAUUAUUUUAAGCUUUAUUUAUUUCAUAAUCAUGUCUCCAUAUAUUGGGGGCAUUUCAGUUGAUUGCAGUAAAAUUUAGGAAAUACUGGCUACAGUCUCAAAACCAGCAAAAGAAACAGUUUCUGACCCUGGUUUAAAAACAAAAAAAAAAAAAUAAAAAAAAAAAAAAAAAAAUGUCUGUCUGUCUUUCUCCCUCUUUGUGGGUAUUUGAACCCCUCAUCUGUUUUCCACUGCCUUUCAUUGUAGUGGCAUAAACAAAAGUUUCAUAUUAAAAUAAAAGUAUAUAUGGGAAAUGGUUUGCUUCUGUGAGAGUGAAAAAUAUAUUAAUCUAGGACCAAUAUUUUCAUAAACCAGUUGGAGAUGACUAAUAAUUAUUUGUUCUCUUCCUCAGUCCUUUUACAAGAAAAUUUACUGUUUGUGUAAAAAUUCAGAAUGUUGAUGUUGGUGACUUUUUUUUCAGCAUAUGUUUUCAGACCUGGUUAAUCCAUGCUUGGCUUUUCUUUAGGUCUUGUAUUCCUGAAGGUUAAGCUGCUAACCAGGUUUAUAACAUGUAUGUACCAUCAUUUUGUUUACCUGAGUCUUUUUAAUUUGAAUAAAAAUAGUUUGCAAAGUGUUUUGGAUUAACCAGGUUUGAGUGUCCCAUCAAGACUUCUGCUAGGAUUUUAUUUCAAGUCAUUCUGGCUGUUGCUGAUACAGAUUUUGUGAAGUCCUUGGUAUGUGUGUGAGUAAAUAAUCCUUCUUUCUGUUGUUCUGUAUGUUGAAAGAUGUGCCUGGUAGGUGAUAAGAGGAGUGAUACUGAAAAAUAUGGUUGGAAGUUGAGCCAUAAGGAGCAUGAACAGUAAACCUGAAAAAUAUGUGAUGCAUUAGGAACAUGCUGAGUGGAGAUGAUGAGAUUCAGUCAUUUCCAGGUGCCCCCACAUUAAUUGCUUUGAAAAUAAACAGCAAGCCUUAAUUUUUCAUACUGGAAGCUAACCUGGUUCAGGAUUGUCUUUUAUGUAGCUGUGUAAUAAAGGAAAUUGGAACAGUAAUAUGGAAAAAGCCUUUUUUACACAAUGAAAUUAGAAGCAAGGAUAGAAAUUUUCUUUAGU